GGGAGAGAGCGAUAUCUCCGGUUCAAGGAUCCCGAUUUACCCGCCAAUACCGGUGGAAAAGAUUCCUUUUUUGCUUCUGUAGCCUUCUUCUCGAUUUUCUCUUCGCCUGGGUUUUGCGGGUGUUUUCAUGAGCUUUUAGAUGCAAGACCUGGUUGGUCGUGCACCUCUUUGGCAUCUUCAAGAACCGAUGAAAUCUACUUUCACAGAUAUUAGCAAGGAAAACAAUGGAGACUCGCUGAGUGACCUUGCACGCACUUCUUCAGGACCAUCUUUACAAAACCCUUCAGUAGCAGCAGACAUGUCCUUCCAUUCAGAACACAAUCAACUCAUGGAAGGGCCUUAUCAUCUUCUCUCUGAAAAUGGUGGAGCAGUUGGUCAUAUAUAUUCAAAUGAUCUCCAUAACACUCCAAUGGUGUCUCACGAGAAACAAAAUGGAAGCAGUGAUGUACCUUUCAUCUCUAAGAUAUUGGAUUGGGAUCCAGCUUCAAUCCCGGAUCUCUUUGAUUGUCCUUUUGAUUCGUCCACUCAAAGCAACCAAAUGGAGGAUGGUGGCAUCGUGGCAUCUGAUGACAUUCACAGACGAAUCUUCUUGCCAGAAUUGGAUGACGAAUUGAUUACUGAUGAGAAUCCUCUAAUGUCUACUCACUGGAACGAUCUUCUCCUUGAGACAAGUUCCACCCCAGCUUCGAAGGUCCAGAAACCAACUAUGCAAUCGCAGAUUCAACAACCCCAAGUUGUUCUGCAGCAGCCUUCUCCUUGUGUGGAAUUGCAACCUCUUGUUAGGACAGUAUCCUCAAACAAUAAUAACAACAACGACAGUAAUAAUAAUGCAGCAGCUAAGGCACGUAUGCGUUGGACACAAGAACUUCAUGAGGCUUUUGUUGAGGCUGUUAACCAGCUUGGCGGCAGUAAUAAAGCAACUCCUAAGGGUGUGCUGAAGCAUAUGAAAGUCGAAGGGUUGACUAUAUAUCAUGUCAAAAGUCAUUUGCAGAAAUAUAGGACAUAUAGACCAGAACCAUCAGAAGCAGGUUCGUCAGAGACGAAGUUGACACCGAUUGAGCAUAUUACAUCUCUUGACACGAAACGUGGGAUAGAUAUAACUGAGGCGCUGAGAAUUCAGAUGGAAGUUCAGAAGCAACUGCAUGAGCAGCUCGAGAUUCAAAGAAACAUGCAACUUCGGAUAGAAGAACAGGGAAAGGCCCUGAUGAUGAUGUUUGAGAAGCAAAAUAUGGGUUUUGGCAAACCGGAACAAGGAGACGACGAAACAAGUCCUGAAAAUGGUUCAGAGGAAUCAGAUUCCCCACCAUCAAAGCGUCCGAGAAAAAGAUGAAUGAAGGGAAAGCUUUCUCGGGAUGGUAGAUCAUAAAACUGUGUUUUGGUGAAGUUUGUAGAGUUUCACUUAUUAGAGUAAGAAGAAUAGAAUUUCUGUCUUCCUCAGGCCUAGUCUCUCUCUCUCUCUCUCUGCUUUUUUGUUUUUUCUCUCUUUCAUUAAACUAAAUUUUCUGAUUCUCAGCUUAAGAAACAAAAAUAAAGAGCAAUGUGAGUUCGGUAGAGAAUUUUUCCAAUUUUUGGGAUGUAAUCUGAAUGCAGAUUCUAGAUUUAGUGUU